AUGCCGGAAUCUAGCUCAAGCUUCUCCUCUUUCACUCUUCUACUCAUCAUCUUCCUCCUCUUAUUACUACGUCCAUCUCUUUUGUCUUCCGAAUCUGAAGUUCGAAUUUUGGAUCGCGAGCUAUUAGAGAUCCGGACAAGUCCGAAGGCGAACAAGACUAGUAAGAAACCCAAAUGCUGCGAGAUGCGGACCAGAUCUCAGUGUUCGGCUUACCCUAGAUGCAGGUGGUGUCGUAGUGAAGCUCUCGACGACUUGUGCUUCAGUAAAGCUGAAGCCUUGCGACUUCCAAGUCAAGUCUUCCUCUGUGAGUUAUAA